AUGCUCGUCCCCACAAAGGCGGAGCAUGAUGAUUUCUUGAUCAACAAAAUCAUUGAUCACUUCACCCAUCUUACUUCCGAUCCUGAUUUCCAAAACGCGUCUGCAACCUAUAGUCAGGUCAAAGAGCAACAGGAGCAAAUCCGGGUUCGAGAUGAGAAGCUGGCCGAACUGCAACAAAUUAUCGAAGCUGAGGCAAAGAAAAGAUUGGUUGCGCUCAGCCAACUAUCUGCAACAAAGCUUAAAGAAAGAGAUGGAUCAAUCGACAAUAUGAGGGCUACUAAUGCAAAACUUGAGAGCCUCCUUGCCGUCGAAAAGACGAAAGGCGAUAACCUCCAACAAGAGAAGAGCUCACUUGAUCAAAAGAUGCAAAAAACUUGCAGUCGACUUGAAAAAUUCGAUGCCUUCAUUCUUAAACCUCGCGAAAUUGAUGAACAGUCAAUUAUUGAUGGUUUUUCGAGCCUAUGGGACUAUGCUACGAAUGAAAUUUGGAGCAUCUUACAGCAGAAUCUAAGCGACAAGAAUCUCGGAAAUGAUGGAAGCUGGAAGAAGUUCAGACUAAGCGCCGAGGAUGCUAUCCGAGACAGAGCUUUCCAAGGACAGUCUAUUCCCCUAUGUGCUUCGAAUUCCGAUGCCGCUAAGGGAAUGCCUCUGGCUGUGACUUUAGGUAUUCUAUCCAGGGAGAUCGAUAAGCAGAUUUUUCAGCCGAGUUACUUUCCCUCCGAGACUGGUCAUUUCAGGAUCAGCUUGAAUAGGCUCGUGAAAAACGACUGCGAGAAAGAAAGUUUUUAUCGUUCUGUCAUGCUUUCUAUUGAUCGCGAGGGACAGGAAGCUGAACUUCAGUCUAGGGCCAGGUCUGUUGUUCAAAACGUGUCCCACUUUCUCUAUGAGCUCCUUUCAACUGCCCAGUAUGGCGAGCUUAAAGAGAAAAUAAAGAAUGUUGUUGAUAGGGCAAUCGAGAUCUGGCGUCCUAUCCAGCAUGCUACGAAAAGAUAUGAGACAGAAUUUGAUCCUGUCGAUUGGGCCCACGAUGAGGAUUCCCCAUUUCAGUUUCCCGUGGGUUGUCAGGAUCAAAUCGGCGCUGAACAAUCGCAUGAGCACCUUCUUGUGAUUUUCCCCGGAUUAUCUUCCUUGGAAGGUGAUACCUUUAUCUUGACUUCUGUCGUUCCACUCAUGAGCUGGCAAUGUGUUGAUGCCAAACACGAACUGAGGAAAGAAGUUCAAAGGCAAGCUAUUCCUACGACUAAACAAUCCAGUCGUAAAAGGCAGAACUCUGUUGCGAAAGGUCAACCAAAGUCAAAUGGGAAUGGUUUUUUAGGGGGGCAUUCCUCAGGAGGCUCAGACAAUUAA